CGCAUACCAUCACUGAUCACAGUUCUUCUGAAGUCAUUACUCAAAAAAAAAAAAAAAAGUGAACAUUUUCUAGGGUUUAUUACGACAAAUUUGAGUUUCUUGUUCUUAUAAUUUUCUCGGGAAAAUGUCGUCUUUGGGAACUUCAAAAGGGAUUUUGGAAAUCGCCAAGUUCGGGCUUUACGUCACCAUUCCGAUCGUUCUUAUGUACACUUUCGCCAACAAUACCAAAAAUCUCCAGAAAUUCAUGGGAAACCGUUCUUACAUCGUAUAUCCGCCGGAAGCACCUCGACCUCCCUCACCAGAGGAGCUAAGGGAGAUGGCACGUGAGUUAGCUCGAAAGAACAACAACCGCUGAGAUAUGCUUUAUAGAGUUAUAAGUGGCUGCUGUAUUUAUUCGGUUUGUAUCUAUUAGUUCUGGAAACGAAUCACUAAGUAAUAUUGAAUGUUUUGUUUUACUUGAUAAAAUGGAGUAAACAAGUUUGUUGAAAAAUAAUAUCAUGGUUGAGAGUUGUUUCUAUU